AUGCUAGCAACUCAAUUUCCCAAAACCAGCCACAAACCCCUACAGCCCAAGAACCAACUACUAUCCAUCACCAAACCGAAACCCAAACCCAAACCGAGACUCGACUGGUGGGCCCACGACAACAAAGAGAACAUCCCACCACAACAGAAAGACAGCUCGAUGGAAUGUAUUGACGGGUCGUUAGCAGACGAGCUAAGCGCCAUCCGUGAGAGGCUCGACCGGCUGAGGAUCGACCGGGAAAAAAACGAGAGGCUUCUUAGAGAGAGAGGCCUAAUGCUGGACCUGCACUUGCAGGACAUUCUUAACCGGGGUCAAGCUCAGAAGCAGCUCGAGAUCGAGGUCGAUCGGCUCUACCGACUCAAGGAAAUCAGAGUAGCUUGCACUAGGAUUUCUCAGGUUAGGUCAUUGAGAGAUAAGGAGGAAGAAAAGCAAAUGAACCAAGAUAUACUAAACAAGGCCCAGACGACAAGCGGAGAAGGAAUUGAAGAGAAAAUCGAGGGAUAUUCACAGAUUUCGAUUUCAGAACUCACUUCAUAG